AUGAUCACGGGCAGCUCCUUAUACGGUCUGGAUUAUCGGGUAACGCCCUUAAUUCGGAGAGAGUAUUGGGAACAUCAAAUUUGCGAGAGGGAAUAUCAACUGAUAAAGGCAAAGGAUUCUGAAGACCACCACAAAAUCGUCGACCAGUGGAUAGACAAAGCUAUAGAAGAAGAACGGCUGAUUGUUUUAAAUAUCGAUGAUUACACCAACAUUCACACAAAGAAAAGGCCCAUUCACGAUACCUCUACAUCAAAUAAGAUGUGUACUCUGCUUUUGAAACGAUACGAAAUACCAGCGGUGAAAAAAGACGCGGCCAGACCAGUAAACAACCCGUCAGGUGUGCUUCUGGACGAACUUGUUUCGAACAUGUCAUCGAACGGACAAAUAACAAUGCUGUGCACUCACACCUUCACAACAGCUUGCCAAAAAGACGCGCCUUGGAUAACAAACAGAUUUUUUGAUCCAGAAUAUGAACAAGAACGCCUUUCUACCCACGACUAUGGCAACGACCAGUCUGUUAAAAAAAUGCGCGACAUGAAUGGAACUAUGCUAAUCGACUGCAUGGAGUUACCACUACACAAAGAAUCGGAUUUCAGAAAGGCAAUUGAGAAAGUCAUGAGUACCAAGAUGAAACAGUACAGCAAAAUGUUUAUCCUUCCACAACCUGGGGAUUGGCCAGCCCAGUUUUAUCCUCGAAAGAUUGUUUACAGUUCAACAUGCAAUGAAUCAAUUAAAUCUAGCUUGGUGCCCCUUCUGGGACCUCUACACGUGUCAUUGAAUGGACAAGAAAACGUUUUUAAAGAAUAUUUUGAACUACUCCUUAAUGUGUACCAGAGUGUCUUUGGAAAGAACAAGCCACUGGCUGCAGAGAAGUGUCAACUCUGGAAAAUUGCACUGAUCCUCGAGUUGUGUUAUGGUGGUUGGAGCCUAAUCCGUGAAAGUAUUUUAAGUGUAUUUGGAGAUCGAUGUAAAGACCUCCAAUUUCUGACCCUAAUCAAUUUUCUUGAUAACUAUCUUCCUCUAGUUCUAACAAUUUAUGCUGUUGUCUUUCGUUCCAACAAUUUUGAACUGUACAUUUCCGCCCUAAAGAGAAUCUGGCUUAUGUUUCUUUGCUUUCGUCGCCACCACUAUGACAAGUCACCACUGGUUUUUCUGUCUAGCGUGCUCUAUUGGGAAAAAAUCUGACACCCCUUCUUCUUAACUCAAAGAGUUCUAUUGUUUCCUUCACCGAAUAUCCUGUUGAAUACUUCCAUUCCGUUAUUCGUGACCAGACGAACCCGCAUAGUUCAGCUGAAGAAAUAACCAAAACUGCCGUUCCAUCUUCGCCUCUAAGCAUCGACAAGAAAAAUUCCGAAGAACCUUCUUCCCCCCCAAGAACUAUAUUCUUUCCCGCAAUCAACUCAAAGCAGCAAAACUUAAAGCAGCACAAGUGUUAAAGUCUAUUUUCUUCGAUAUCAUCUGCAAGCCACACAGCUCCUUAUCCAAACUUUCCGCAACGGGAGAACGACAAGAGUGGACCCUUCCUUUUCUGUUUGGUACCAAACCUAAGACAGAUAAGGUAUUGCCGUGCGCCUUU